UAUGGGUUGUAAAUUGCACAUGAUGGCGAAUGGGUAAUAUAAUAGUGCGAAGUAAAAUUAUUCCACGUGUUAAAGAAUAUAAAAAUAUUUUAUCAUUAAAAUUAAUUGAACAACUUAGUAGAGUAGAACAAAAAUCUGUUACUCAACCAUCAUUAUCAGGAGGUUUUGAAGUAUUUAACAUGCCGAAACGCGGGCGUACUGCACAGACCAACGUAGUUGAAGAAACUAAAAGUGAAGAGGAAUUCCAAAAAGAGGAGAAAUUAGCAAAGAAGCCACGUAAAACUGCUGUUGAAAAACCUAAAUCAUCUCGUAAAAAGAAAAUUGUUGAAGAAAAAAAUGAUUCUCAUGAAGAGGAUAAUGUUGAAGCUUUUAAGCUUGAGCCCAAAAAGAAAGAAACAAGAUCAAAAAGAGCUCCAAAAGCAAAAAAAGAAAAAUCAGACAGUGAAUCCGAAGUAGAAGAAACAAAUCCUGAACCUAAACCACCUCCAAAGACUCGAAAAACGAAAGCGACCAAAAAACAAGUAGUAGAAAAUACUAAACAACAAAAAGAUCCUUCCAUUGAAGCUACAAAAAAUGGUAAUGAAAGUGAUAAUGAAGUUAAAAAAUCUAAAAGUAAGAAAAGCGAAGGUAAACAACCUAUAAAUCAAACAGGAUCAAACUUGGAUACUGUCAAUUUUAAUUGUGACAAAAUGAACGCUGAGGGUAAAAAACCAAAUAUUAAAAUUUCUUCAUGGAAUGUUGCUGGUCUUCGGGCCAUGAUAAAGAAAAAUGGUAUGGAUUAUAUAGUUAAAGAAGAUGCAGAUAUUAUGGUUCUUCAAGAAACGAAAUGCGAUAAGAAUAAGUUACCCAAAGAAGUAAAAAUAAAUGGAUAUAAAUAUUAUUUCCUUGAUAGUGAAAAAUCUGGAUAUUGUGGAAUGGCUUUAUAUACCAAACAAGAACCCAUUUCAAUUACGUAUGGAGUAAAAAAUUCCGAAUUUGAUAAUGAGGGUCGAGUUAUUACAGCAGAAUACCCAGAAUUUUAUUUAGUUAAUGUUUAUGUACCUAAUGCAGGACAAAAAUUAGUAACCUUACCAAAACGAUUAAAAUGGAAUGAAGUUUUUAAAAAUUACAUCAAAAAAUUAGAUGAAAAAAAGCCUGUUAUUGUAUGUGGAGACAUGAAUGUUGCUCAUAAAGAAAUAGAUUUAAAAAAUCCAAAAACCAAUGUAAAAAAUGCUGGAUUCACUAAAGAAGAACGGGAGGGCAUGGAUGAUUUUCUAACUGAAGGUUUCAUUGAUUCAUUCCGUCAUUUGUAUCCUGAUCGAACAGAUGCCUAUACAUUCUGGUCAUAUUUUGCUAAUUCAAGAGCUAAAAAUAUUGGUUGGCGAUUAGAUUACUUUUUAGUGUCAGAGCGUAUUAAAAAUAAAGUCUGUGACGUUGUUAUUAGAUCUGAUGUGUUUGGUAGUGAUCACUGUCCUAUAGUUUUAUAUGCAAAUUUUUAACAAAAUUCUAAAGAAAUUUUUAUCAUCACUGAAGUUUUUUGUAUGCACUGAAUUUUUUUAUUUUUUCAUAAACAUGUAAGACAGAUAAAGAUUACU